UGUGCGAUAAUCUGCAUUCAGUGUGUGCCCAGAGUGCGACCGUUCAACAUGCUAGUGUUUGCGUUUAUAUUGAUGGUAUGCGCGGUGAGAGCGGAUUACUGGGAGGUUAGAGACAUGCUCAUCAAGAAGGACAGAAGCCAUGGGAUCGGAUCCAAUUUAGAGCUGAGCAAUCUCGAGAAGGAAGCCAACAAAAUAUUGAUGGAGUACAAAUAUCGCGAAAUCGACGCAAGCUUCGAGAAUCCGGGAAACUUUUCACCCGCCCGCCAUUUCUUCCAUUCGAAGCCAGACAUCGAACGUUCGGAGAUCUUCAAGAUCAUCCAGAUGUUACCAAAAGGAGCGUCGCUCCACGGACACGACACGGCUUUAGUCUCGGACGAUUUCUUAUUCAAUUUGACGUACAAAGAAGAUUUGUAUCUAUGCGGAGGAUCGGUUCUGAAGUUUCUGGCUAGCGACAAGGAUGGAUGCAAAUCGUUGCAAGAUUUGAGGAAUUCCGAUCCUGAUUUCAAUACGUGGCUCAGGAAGCAGAUGACUCUGAUCGUGGAUAAUCCGAAGGAGGCUUAUCCGGACAUCAACGCAGUUUGGAAACGUUUCAGCAAAAUUUUCGCACUAAUAACGCCGAUGAUCACUUACAAACCAGUCUUCGAAGAAUAUCUGUAUCAGGUGUUGCAAGAAUUCUAUAACGACAACGUGAGUUACGUGGAGUUGAGGGCAACACUUGGCUGGAUUUACGAUGCCAAAGGAAAGAGGUAUGAUCCUUUCGAAGUGGUUGGUUUGUAUAAAGAUAUAGUGGAUCAGUUCAAGAGCAAGAAUCCCGGUUUCUUCGGGGCGCGCGUCAUCUACGCUCCCACCCGAAACGUGAACAACGAAACCAUGUACAAUUACAUGAUGAACGCGAGGAAACUGAAGCAGUUGUACCCAAAUUUCAUAGCCGGAUUCGAUUUGGUCGGACAAGAGGAUUUGGGGAAGCCUCUGGAUGAAUUUAUAUGCGAGCUUCAGAGUAUUUCCAAAGAGAUGAAGUUCUUCUUCCACGCGGGAGAAACGAAUUGGUACGGCGUUUCCACCGAUCUGAAUCUCUUCGAUGCGAUUCUCUUAAACACGCAGAGGAUUGGGCAUGGUUACGCGUUGGUUAAACACCCUGAAGCGUUGCGCGCUGUGAAGGAGAAGCAGAUCGGAAUAGAAAUAUCGCCGAUUUCCAAUCAAGUCUUGAUGCUGGUGGACGAUCUCAGGAAUCAUCCUGCUAACGUGUUGAUAGCUCAUGGAAUGCCGGUGGUGAUUUGCAACGACGAUCCUAGUUUCUGGGGUGCCCGAGGCCUCAGCUACGAUUGGUACAUGGCGUUCAUGGGAAUGAGCAGCAGGGAAAGUGACUUGAGGCUGCUGAAACAAUUGGCAGUAAAUUCGUUCUUGUACUCCUCGAUGGACGCGUCGGAGAAGUUGGACAGUAUUAACAAGUGGGAGAAGCUCUGGAACGAUUUCCUCUACCAUUUAGUAGCAAUGUAUUCCAACAUGUUAUCGGACUAAUCACUAAGUUAAAUAGAUGUCAUCUGCGAACAAUAUCCGCUAACAACACUUUAAUCAUCGGAAUCAACACGGGAAAUCUGGGUUACCGCAUCGAUAUUUAUAAAAAA